AUGACUAUGUAUUCCUCACACAUGCGCACGGAUUUUCGCUGUGCGAUAUGUCAACGAAAAAAUGUUUUUCAUUGUGAACACGACACACCGCAUCGUGACCGUUUCUUAGGUGCUGAUAUUCCCGAAACAUCUCGAAGUUUCAAAAUGGACGAUCAUAUUCAUAUUCAUGAGAAUAAUACGAGACAACGAGUGGGUUCCCAUACAAGUACUCGACACAACCAAGUCUCAACUUAUAAUACGAAUACUUAUCAAUCAUCUCAAACAUAUCAAACGAACCAAAAAUCGAAAGCAUGUGUUAUUUUAUGA